AUGUAAAUUUUUCUGCUUGAAAGUUUCCAUUCAUUCCCUAUGGUUUUCUUGACUAUCAUAACGUUCUUCUUUAUUCUUCUAUUCAUCAUCAAAUGGUUUUUCAACUCCACAACCAUAAAAAACUCACCCCCUUCACCUCCAAGAUUACCAAUACUAGGUAAUCUCCAUCAACUUGGCUUGUUCCCACACCGCACACUCCAAUCCUUAGCUCAAAAGUAUGGCCACUUAAUGUUGCUUCAUUUUGGAAAGGUGCCAGUACUUGUUGUUUCCUCUGCUGAUGCAGCACGUGAGGUGUUGAAAACUCAUGAUCUUGUCUUCUCCAAUAGGCCACAUCGUAAAAUAAAUGAUAUACUCUUUUAUGAUUCCAAAGAUGUGGCAUCUGCUACAUAUGGUGAGUACUGGAGGCAAAUAAGGAGUCUCAUUGUGUUAAAUCUUCUCAGCAACAAAAAGGUCCAGUCUUUUCGUCGUGUGAGAGAGGAAGAAACUGCAAGAAUGAUGGAAAAUAUUAAGGAGUGUUCUUCUUCUUCCUUGCUGGUGAACUUAUCUAACUUGUGCUCUUCACUUACCAAUGAUAUAGUAUGUAGGGUGGCUAUGGGAAAGAGAUACCGUGAAGGAGAACUAGGGAAGAAGUUUCAGCAGCUUUUGUUGGAAUUUGGAGAGUUGUUGGGUACUAUUGUUAUAGGAGACUAUAUACCAUGGCUUGAUUGGUUGGGAAAGCUGGUCAAUGGUUUCUGGGGUAGAGCAGAGAAAGUGGCCAAACAUUUGGAUGAGUUUAUAGAUGAAGUGAUUGAUGAACACAUUAGAUGUCAUGGGGAUGCUGAGGUAGACAGUGAGGACCAGAAUGAUUUUGUGGAUAUUUUGCUUUCUAUCCAAAAGACUAACACUGUUGGCUUCCAAGUUGAUAGAACAACAAUAAAGGCUUUGAUCCUGGACAUGUUUGCUGCAGGAACUGACACAACCUCCACACCCCUAGAGUGGGCAAUGACAGAACUAUUAAAGCACCCAAUUUUGAUGCAAAGAUUGCAAGACGAGGUGAGAAGUGUGGUUGGCAAAAGAACUCACAUAACUGAGGAGGAUUUGGGUCAAAUGAACUACUUGAAGGCUGUGAUUAAAGAAACACUUCGGUUCCAUACCCCAGCUCCCUUAUUAGUACCUCGGGAAUCCAUGCAAGAUAUCAAAGUGAAGGGGUAUGACAUUGCAGCUGGGACACAAGUAAUAGUGAAUGCUUGGGCCAUUGCAAGAGACCCUUCAUGGUGGGACCAACCUCAAGAGUUUAAACCAGAAAGGUUCCUCAACAGUUCAAUAGAUUUUAAAGGACAUGAUUUUGAGUUUGUACCUUUUGGUGCUGGAAGGAGGGGUUGCCCUGGAACAUUGUUUGCCAUUAGUGUAAUUGAGAUGGUCCUGGCAAACCUUGUCCACCAAUUUGAUUGGUCAUUGCCUGCAGGUGAGGAAUUGGACAUGUCUGAAAUUAAUGGCCUCACCAUUCAUAAAAAAUAUCCUCUCAUGGCACUAGCGACACCACAUAAGAGACAUGAAUAA